CUCAGCCACACACAUGUACACACGCACACUCACGUGCGAUCACAACAUUGUCAAUCGACACACUUACGUGCACGGGCAGCUCUCAGUACCACGUCAAUUCUUCCUCGCUCAUCUGCUCUGGUGCUCCCUUCUCUCCUACACCAAGACACGAUAAUCCACCCAUGUGCAUGUCUGUCCGUCUUUCUUUCUUUCUCAGCCACCCACCUCCUGCUGGUGCUUUGUCUUCCGGCUGUUGAAUGGCCGCCUGCUCGUCCUGUGCAAGCCAUUCACUGUCCGCUGCAGCCGCCUCAUCUAUCGGUGUCUCCCUCAUUUCCUCCCCUCCUGCACGAACGAACCAUUCGUGCCCAUGCACACGAAUUGAUGUGUGUGUGUGUGUGUGUGUGGAUGGAUGUCUCACUCACCGCCUGCUUCCUCCGCAAACCACUCUUGAUCGCCUGGGACUCCUUCCUGCUCGCCUGCCGGCCGUGGCAGUGGCUGCUCUGCAAACCAAUCCUCAUCGGCCGCCGGCUGCUGCUCUCGCUGACCUUCCACUCUUCCUGCGCAAACACGCGAUCGGUGUCUCUGUUUCCAUAGAUGCGUGGAGGCUGACCUGUGUCAUGUGCAGGGCUUUCUUCGCCCUUCUGCUCUUCUUCGCCGCCAAACCAGUCAGUGACCUCGGCUACCUCUCCUUGCUGCCGCUUGUCUGCGGUGAACGUCAUUUGAACAGACGCAAAGGCAGGUGUUGUGUUGGUGGGGCGGUCUCACUCACCUCCUCUUGCUUCCAUUGGCGGCUCAGGCUCGGCAAACCACUCCUCACCGCCGGCCGUCUCUCCUUCUUCAUCAGCUGCUGCUGAUGGCUCAGCAAACCACUCUUCUGCUUCUGCCGCUGCUGGUGCUAGUGCCGGUGCUGCCGCCGUUGGUGCCGAAGGUGCAGCUGCAGGGCCUGGAGCACAGCGCAACGUGUCCAUUAUUGGCCGUGUGUGUCUUUGUACAUGUGUGCAUGUCUUGCCGACCUUCUUCCUCUGCGAACCACUCUUCUGCUGCUGCUGCUGCUGCUGCUGCUGCCGCUGGCUGAGAUUGCGGAGCACCUCCUUGUGCUUCUGCUUCAUCGCCAAACCACUGUGCUUCCUCUUCCUCUCCUGCUGCUGCUGCUGUUGGUGAUGACUCGGCAAACCAAUCAUCAGCACCUGGCUGCUCCGAGGGCUGCUGUGCUGCUGCUUGUGCUGGUGGUAGUUCUGCUGCUGUUGGUGAUUCUGGUGGCUCGGCUGGUGCAAACCAAUCCUCAUCAGCAGCAGCCUGCUGCUCCCCCGCUUCUUGCGUGACUGGCUGUGGCUGUGGCUGUGGCUGGGCGCCUGUAGGUGUCUUCUGUUGUUCUGCUGCUCGUAGGGCUUCUGAGCAUCCACGCGUACAUGCAUGUGCGCGUGGGUGGAUGCGCUGUUGACAUGUGUGUGCCCCACCUGGCUGCUCUGCUGCUCUCUGCUGGGGCUGUCUCUCAGCUUCUGCUGGCGCUGCCGUUGGCGCUGCUGCCGGCGGUGGCGGCGAAAUGGCAGCUUGCUCUGCGAAGAACAUGCAUGCAGACACAGGAAUACGUGGAAAAGAGGAAGUCUUCACUCACCAGCAGCACUGGGUCGCACAAAGACAGGAUGAGGCACUUCAGCUGGUGCUGCGGGUGGUGGUUCGUGUCCCCUUGUCGGCUGAUGAGAAACACAAUGAGAGUGAGUGAAUGUAAGUUUGGAGAUGGUAUAGGAAACAAUCUCACCCGGAGUCUUUCACGCUGAAGAAUGGUCACUUUUCUGGUCUUGGGCGCCUUCUACAUACGUGUACACCAGGUACAGAUGUGUCUCUGUGCACAUUGCUAGUUUCCCUCACUCACGUAUAUGUAUCGUGUGUGGGGGACGAUUGGAAUGGCCCUAGAAGGCAAAGAGGCAUACACACGCAUGCCUGUCUGGUAUGGAUGGAUGGAUACAUGGCUUUGUGCUCACACAGUGUGUCUCUUGAUCUGCGCUGAUGCUACGACGAAUGUACCAUCCAUACCCCGAUAUAGGCCCAGAUCAAGCAUCGAGCGGCGCCUGCACACAGACCCACAUACACCCAUACACAGAGAAGCACACCUGGCUGUCUCUCUUUGUGUCUGUGUGGAUAUGUGGACCUCUUUUCUCUGUGUGUGGGCGGCGCGGGGGUGCUGUCGAUCGUUUGCAGCACGGUCUUCAGGGAUAGCCGGGUGUGGGCAUACUGAACUCAUGUAUGCAUAUCCACAUGCGUCCACACACAUGGGGGGACAGACUGUGUGUGUGUACCUGCUCUCGAUGUAUGAGCAUCCGGUCGAUCUUCUCCAGAGAGGAGGCGACAUUGGCCUGCACACACGCAUUCACAUAGACACACACCUGCACCUCUCUCCCACUCACACGCAUUCUCACCUCUUUCAGCCCGUCAGUGUACACAUGAGACAGAACCGCCACACCUAAAGACACACACACGCCCCCAUUCAAGCCGACAACAACACACAUGUGCUCGCUGACCGUUCUCCAGCACGUCAGUGUGUGCACAGUGGGCCGCCAUGCAAUCGACGAUCGACCGAAUGCACACAGGGGUGGAGAGGUGCGCCUUCCAGACGUGUGCGAUCUUGUGUAAGAUGUACAAGGCGUGUCGCACACACGGCAGGUGGGCCACGUGGGCUUGCAUGGUCUCGACCACCUCGUGGAUGACUCCAUCAAGCAUCUGCAGACAGCACACGAGUGCUACGCACACACGAUUUCCGACCUCUUACCAUCUUUGCCGUGUGUUCGGGCAGGCGUGCGUCUAUCUCUGAGAGCGCAAUCGCCUGUAUACGCACACACAGUGUCGAUGCGUCAUGUGCAUAUAUCGAGGAGCACACCGACCAGGAGGUGAGGUCUGUGUUGGUUGAUCUGCAGGAUCUUGACCAGAGGAAUAAACGACGGACUCUGACGCGACACGCCAUCGACACCACAUACUGCAUGUCGGACAUCGAUCAAAAUGCAUUCGUAUGUGAGUGGGCACCUUUCUCAGCGUGUCAGAGAGAAUUCGCCUGCAUAGUUAUGAGCAUUCGUUGGUGUGUGAUAUAUAUGGCUGUGUCUCAGUGUGUACCUGAAUGCGCGUUGCUCUUGCCUCGUGAACUCUGCACACACAUACAUAUACGCAAGUUUACUUUGCGUAUGAAUACGUGUUGCACUCACUUUGUAAGGCCGCCAGCGAUACACUUGCGCUGUCCCUUAUUGUGCUGGCCGAUGAUGGAUGAACAAACAGAAAUGGAUAGAAUGAUGGACGCGUAUUGCCUGUCCAUCGGUUCUUGCCUGUCGGUGGUUCGGAUAUCAUGCAGCCUCUCAAUCGCACCACACUGCACACAAAUUUGCAGAUGGAUGGAUGCAUAGGUGGGUGUACAUAGAGGGAGAAAGAGAGGAUAUGUGUAUGUAUGCCCACCCUGAUGAGCUCGGUCAUGUGUUUGCUGGUGCGUGUGAUGAACGACAGCAGAGACAGCGCCUGUGGACACAGAAAGAUACAUGCACACGUUUGUGUACGUGUUUGUUUUGCGCGUGAAAGCACACCUUCAGCAAUACGCCUUUCUCGGCAUAUCUGAGUGCAUUCACGACCGCACGAAUGUGAGAGGCAGUCACCUGCCCUCAGAUACACACACGCAUAUGGACGCGAAAGACAGUCGAUGAACGCGCACAGACGUACAUUGCCAUCAUCGGCGAAAGACUUCUCCACGACUGUCAGCGUGUGGAAUGGGGCGGCCUCCAUACAAUCCACACACGUGUCCAACACGCAUCGCUGAUCCAUACUGGCGUCAGUAGAGGCGAGAAUUGCCUUUUUGUGAACGCACAGAGAGACACAAAACCCCAUAAAUGUGGGCAAAUAUUGAUGGCGUGUACCAGUAUGAAUUUCCUCUCGUCUCUGUCCUGGUUUUCCCUCAGCAGCCGGUUGAUGGAGGUGUAGUCCUGUUUGCUAAUCAAAUGUGACACCACCUACCAUACACACACAGAUGGAAAGAUGAGUGUGCUUCUACGUGCUGUUUCAAUCCGUGUCUACCUCUCUUGUAUUGUCCUGUUCAUAUUGCUGGUGCUCCCUGAUGCAGUGCACAAUCGCGUCGCACUUCUCUCUCAUACACAGCACGCCGUCAAUGCGAUCGAUCGCACCACACUGGAAAAGACAGAGACGGACAUCGUGAUGUUCUGUGUACCCAUCCAUGUGUAGUUUUCUGCCUGCCUUCCGGAUGAUCCGUGCGAUUCGCGAGUCGUCUUUGCACAUCAUGUGUAGGACAUUCAGUAGUCGAGACAGCACGGGGAGAUCAGCCCUGCAGAGCACACACAUCGACAACGUGUGUGUGUGUGUGUGGUUGGGGGUCCGGAGGGACCAUGCGUACGCGUGUGUCUCCAUCGCAUUCAGCAAUGUCAUGACUACUGGCGUGGCGGAAACAGUGUCCUGCAUCCAUGUACAGACAAAGUGGUAUGCAUAGACAUGUCUCUGCAGCAGAAACACGCACCCUGUAUGUGGGCAUCAGUCUCUCCAGCAGCCUGCACCCACCAGACAAAUCGGCACAUGAGUGAGCUCUAAUGCAUACGUAGAUGCACUCACCUGAAUGUGUUCUCCACAACGGCUCUGUUGUCCAUAUGGAGGCCACCCUGUGGACAUCCACACACCAUCUUAUGUGCACUGCACAACCAUCGUGCGCAUCAUGCGCUGACCUGUGAGACAAUGCCGUAUCUAUCGUUGCAAGCGGCCAGCUGGCCGAUGAUGUAUGCCUGCACACACAAACAUGCAAGAACAGGUGUAUACGCGUUUCUCGCUCCGUCUGUGCCUCUGCCUGGUCGUUUCGUUCGUCAUCAAUCAUGGAGGCAAUGUGGGCGAAGUCAUACAGACGGAUGCACUCAGAUACCUGCCAAAGGCGUAUACACAUCGAAUCCCACAUUGCAAGCCUCUUCAUGCCUUAUCCUCCUCAGUUAUCACCUCAUCCCCUGCGAUGGACACACAUACACAUUGGAUUUUGAUUCCGCCCUGGAGUCCGUGUGCACUUCCUUACCUUCUCUCUGCUGCGCAUCCUCUAUCAUAUCCACAUCUACCACUCUGCACUCGCACAUCAGCACACCCUCGUCACCACCUCCACCAGCCAUUUUGCCGCCAGGUCUCAAUCCCUUACCCAAGCGACCAGACGGGGGCUGAUGGACGAACAGAAGGCACUGCGAAGUCGCCCUCUUAUCUUCGGCUUGCAAUGGGGCUACGUCCUGGAAUGUGCACUACGACCUGUGCCUGUGUUUUCGCC